AUGGUGGUCGCUAGCUCUCAAAGAAGCAAUGUUAACAGUACUACAAUUUUGUUUCCUGUUGGUGUCAUUCUCGAUUUAGAAACGCCCAUGGGAAAGAUGGCUUACAGCUGCAUCUCAAUGGCGAUUUCAGACUUUUAUACAGUUCACAGUCACUAUAAAACGAGGCUGGUUCUCCACCCAAAAGAUUCGAAGAAGGAUGUUGUAACCGCUGCCUUUGAAGCAUUGAAUUUGUUGAAAGAUGCUCAAGUACAAGCAAUCCUUGGACCCCAAGAGUCAAUUCAGGCGGAGUUUAUUGCAGAUCUCGGAGCAAAAGCUCAUGUGCCCAUUAUUUCUUUCUCUGCAACGAAUCCUUCCCUCUACUCCCGCAGCCCCUACUUCAUUGGAAUGAUUCCAAAUGACUCUUACCAGGUAAAAGCAAUUGCUGCCAUCGUUCAAGCUUUUGGAUGGAAUGAAGUUGUUACCAUCCAUGAAGACACAGACUAUGGGAAUGGGAUCCUUCCCUAUCUCAUUGAUUCCUUCCUGGACAUCGACGCUCAGAUCACCCACAGAAGCAGUAUUCCUGUUUCGGCCACCAAGGACGAAAUCAACACAGAACUCUAUAAACUGAUGGAGAUGCAAAAAAGCGUCUUUGUAGUCCAUAUGUCAAUUUCGCUCGGUCCCCAUUUCUUUCAACUGGUGAAAGAUGCAGGAAUGAUGAGUGAAGGUUAUGUCUGGAUUAUUACAGAUGGGUUGUCAAAUCUGCUGGAUUCAUUGAACCAAUCCGUGAUCGACUCAAUGCAAGGAGUCUUGGGGAUAAAGCUCUACGUCCCACCAUCAGAGGAGCUUGACAACCUGAGAUCUCAAUGGAGAAAGAAAUUCCGCCGAGAUAAUCCUAUUACUGAGGACGUCGAGCUAAGCGUGUAUGGGCUGUUAGCGUAUGAUGCUGUCUGGAUGCUAGCAACUGCAGUAGAAAGUGUUGGUUCAAUGCAUCAUCGCAUGAACAAAGCCAAGGAUUUGAGAAGAAACAGCUCUUGUUUCUCAGAUCAUUUCAUCAGAACCUCCAAAUUUGGCUCAAGAGUUCGCAAAGCAAUCUUGGGGACCAGUUUUAAGGGUCUCAGUGGAGACAUACGUCUUCUGCAUGGACAACCACAGCAGUUUGUCUUCCAAAUACUCAAUGUGAUUGGUAAAGGGGAGAGAGAUAUUGGGUUUUGGAUACCGAUGUAUGGCAUUUCAAGGGAGCUGAACAGCAGCAGCAGAGAAGGGAAUAAGAGGGACUACUCUACGUCUAAGGAUGAUCUUGGGACAGUCAUUUGGCCUGGCGAUUCUAGGACGAUUCCUAAGGGUUGGGUGGUGCCAAAGAGGGGAGGUAAGUUGAGGAUUGGAGUUCCGGUGAAGGUUGGUUUUAAUGAGUUUGUGAAGGUGGAGAGGGACCCUAAGACCAAGGAGACAAAGGUCUCUGGGUAUUGCAUUGAGGUGUUCAAUUCAGUAAUGGAGGCAUUACCUUACAAUGUUCCUUACGAGUUUGUUCCAUUUGAGAAUGAAAAUGGUGAGAGUGCUGGAAGUUACGAUGACCUAGUAAACCAAGUCUCUGAUCAGAAGUAUGACGCGGCUUUGGGGGACAUACCUGCUACAGCAAAUUGGUCAUCAAAUGUUGACAUUUCUCAACCUUUUACUAAUGGAGGUGUUUCUACCAUAGUUCCAAUCGUAUACGAGAAGAAUAAUAUACUGACMCUUUUCAAGCCUAUGACGUGGGGUCUCUGGUUCACAUGGUCUAGUUCAUUCGUCUUCACUGGACUUUUAAUUUUUGCUUUGGGUGGAGGAGGGGACCAACAUUUUAGUGGGAACUUCGCUCAACAAAAUAUUGUUGCUACUUUGUCCGGGCUUCUCUUCCAAGAAGGCCAGACAUACAUAUCGACUUUAUCAUCAAUGCUAUCAGCACAACAACAAUAUCAACCAGUAAGUGUUAGUGUAAAUGAUCUCAUAGCGAAUGGGGACUUUGUGGGUUACCGAAAUGGCUCCUCUGUGGAAGGAUUGUUGAAGCAGUUGGGCUUUGGGAAAGCUAAGCUUAAGGUCUACAACUCUCCAGAGGAGUACAAUGAUGCCUUGAUGAGAGGAAGUAAGAAUGGGGGCGUUGSUGUCAUCUUUGAUCAAAUUCCCUAUAUUAAGCUCUUCCUCAACAAGUAUUGUGGGAAGUACAGAAUGGGCGCUGAAAUAUACGGGAUGGAUUCAUUUGUUUAUGUAUUCCCAAGAGGGUCACCUCUGGUAGCUGAUGUUUCAAGGGAAAUUCUAUCCAUGAAAGGAGAAAAAAUGGCAGCAAUCGAGAAGGCAUGGCUUGGGAGCCCUUGUCCAGAUACAACAACUACUACUUCUUCAAACCCCCUCACACUUGAGGUUUUCUGGGUGCUCUUUCUUGUCACUGGCUUCAUCAGACUUUGUGCUUUUAUAUUCUCUGUACUUCAAAGGAUGUGCUUCAAUACUCCAGUUGUAAAUAACAUCGGUAUGGGACCCCACGAACAAGGUCUGGAAGAAACAAAUAUUGAAACGUCUUCAUCAAUCAAUGAGUGUGAAAGCAGUCCAAACCUUUCAACUCCUUCAAAGAUAAUAGAUAACAAUGCUCUAGGAAUGGAAAAUUGUAGUCCAACUAAGCUUGAUGAACAAAAUGCCAUUGGACGAUGCGACUGA